CCAGAAGUGGGUAUGGGAACUUGUCUUGUCAUUUGUUUGUAUGAGUAUGUGUUUGAAGAGCUUGCAGCAAGGGAGUGUGCCUUGUCACAAAGAAUGAGGAAGAAGUGUGGAUACGAUCUCAGCUCUUUUCUUUAAGAAGAAAAAAAGGCAAAAUUUUUCACAAAAAAAGAUGUACGAUGCGGUGGCAGCCAAGCAGGGUAAAGAAACGACAUCCCUAAAAUAAUCUUCCUUUCUGGUGAAUAAACCCAGAGAAUGAUGGCGCUUCCAUUGAACUAUUUCACCUCUGGGAGGUUUCUAUCAUCUGCUGCAGCCUUGAAGUUCCCCUUCUCAGAUGCAGUUAAAUACAGCAUCCUUGGCUUGUCAGUUGCUCUUCUUCUGGUGGCACUGGGUAUCUUGGCCUGGCAGGCCAGUAGAUGUUUCAAACGGCCCUCCGCUACAGCCCCUCGACAUCGAGCAGUGAAUGGUGAGUUGCUGCAAACAGAUGAUGUAUCUGACAUUACAGAACAGUACAAAGGAAUUCCAACUAUCAAGGUCGAAGAUGUCGAUACGGACAUCUUGGAAUCCACACAGGAAGCAGGAAAUGUUCACAUGAUUCAAGGAUUGCUCCAUUAUUCUCUAUAUUAUGACACGGAGCAGCACCGUCUUGUGGUUACGAUCUUGGAGGUCGAGGGCCUUCAGCAGCCACGGCAAAUCAGCAGCCUCCAGCUGUUUGUCCAAAUGAAGCUUCUAUGGAUCGGAUCCCAGAUGGAUGGGCCUUACAUUGAGGAAGUGGAUGAAGGGACACCACUUACUCUACGCACAGUGCUGCAGGACUGGCGGACUCGUAUUGUAAAAGGCACCUGUAACCCUUUGUUUGGAGACCAAUUCACCUGUCUUCUACAUGACGAAAAGGAGCUGGAGUACAUCGACCUCAGAAUGGAGGUGAGAGACUUUGAUAAAUUCUCCAGACACACAACAUUGGGAGAGGUUAGGGUGCCUUUAAGACAUCUCAAUAUCUCCUACCCUCUGGAGCUAAAAGGAAAGCUCAAAACUCCCCAAAAGGAUCUUGUCGGGGAAAUUCUUCUGUCACUGAAGUUUCUUCCAACUUCUCAGAGAAUUGAGGUUGGAGUGCUGAAGGUUCAUACAGUCCAUAAGGAGCUGCAUUUGGAUGCAGAGCUCUAUGUCAGGAUCAGUGUACAGUGCAACCGGUGCAAGUUGAAGCAUCAGAAAACCCCCGUAGUGGUGCGUGGCACGGUGACUGUCUUCAAUGAAGUUCUUGUUUUCCCCCUGCCAGAAUUUCCUGUGCAACAGUUUAAAAUUUUGGUCUCUGUCUAUGAGACUCACUCAAAUAGAAACUUACCCAAGCAAAUGCUUGGACAGUUAACUAUGAAGAAGGACAAUAAUUCAGAAAGUGAACACUUGGACCUUAUGCUGCGCUCAGUCCGUCAGCCCAUAGCCAAGUGGCAUGCUCUUCUUAUCUGAGUUAUGUCUCAAGACAUCUUCAACAACCCGUCGAUGCCUGCUGAGUUUUUGAAGUCACGUGGGUGACACUAUUCACACACUACUUUGAAUACAAAUUUUCUUCUUGACAUCCUGGAAAGUCUUGCACUCCUUUUAAUAAUAUUUUGGAGGGAUUUGUGUAUUUUAAAGUGGAAAUGAACCCCCAAAUAUUCUUUGCAGUAAUAGUUUCUGUGCACCUCCAUUAUUCCAAAUACAGAAUAUAGAAUAUCAUGUUUAUGGAAUAUGAGUUCAGCAACAAAAUCGACCAAUUUUUUAGAAAUGUCAGCGGGUGGCCAUUUUGCCACUUUCUGUCAACUGUCAAAUGACAUCACAGUAGCAAAGGGCUCAGUAAAGCACCAAUCACGACUCACCUGUUGUUUUUUUAAGCUGAGCCGUGAUUGGUUGUUACCUGAGCAAGUGUGAUGUUAUUUACGGUCAACAGUAAGUGACAAAAUAGCCGUGCUCUGAGAUGGAUUAAAGACAGGUGGAUUUUACUGCUUAACUUAUACUCCACAAAUACUAUUGACAUUUCUGGGGUGACUACACUUCUGAUGUUCACAUCGCUUGUUCUUUUGUGACAAGCCUUUGCUACACUCUUGUGGCUCAAAGGUUUGUUGCUAUUAAUAUCAAUGUCUAUUUGACCCAAACCAAUGCUUACUGCAUUUAAAUCACCACAAUGUGUACUUUAAGAGAGGUAUUUUGUUGAUAAAAUUGUAACUGGUGCCAAAAAAAUUGUAAUGGCUGUGUUAUAUGCUUAAAAUAUUGUUUAAAUAAAUUUUCAGACGUAAACAUGCUUUUGAGUAGAAUACCUUACUGAACAUUGACAAGUUUUGGAAAUCUUGCUUGUUAUAUAAUGUACAACCAGACUGUCAUAUUAUUGUAGAACAAAGAAUAGAGUUUAGCAAACAGUAGGCUUCUCCUGAAUAAAAAUACAGCACUUGUUUUAUGA